AUGAAAAUAUCCACAGAUAAAAACUCAGAUACUCCUCUUUUGAGCUUUCUCUCUACGUUUAAAAUCCCUUCGACAUGGGUUUGGUUUUUGGUAGGAUCAAUGUGGAAACCACAAAAUAUGAGGUUAUUCAAUCCACACCUGAUUACGAAAUCCGCAAGUACUCACCGUCCGUGGUGGCAGAAAUCACUUACGAUCCUUCUCAGUUCCGAGGGGACAAAGACGGUGGCUUUACGGUCUUGGCCAAUUACAUAGGUGCCCUUGGCAAGCCGCAGAAUACAAAGCCAGAGAAGAUUGCAAUGACAGCUCCAGUGAUAACAAAAGAAAGAGAAGAUGGAGGUGAAAAGAUUGCUAUGACGUCUCCCGUGGUGACCAAGGGCGGUAAGAGUGUGGUGACAAUGCAGUUUGUGUUGCCAUCAAAGUAUACUAAUAAGGUGGAGGAGGUGCCUAAGCCGUUGGAUGAGAGGGUAGUGAUAAGGGAGGAGGUGGAGAGGAAGUAUGGAGUGGUGACCUUUGGAGGGGUUGCAACGGAGAAGGUGGUGGCAGAGAAGGUGGAGAAGCUCAGGAAGAGCUUGGAGAGAGAUGGGCAUAAGGUGAUUGGAGAGUUCUUGUUGGCUAGGUAUAAUCCACCAUGGACCCUGCCUCCAUUUAGGACUAAUGAGGUUAAGAUCCCUGUUGAGUGAAAACCAAACUAUGCUGUUUCUCUCAGUUAAAGUGAUGCGUCUCUCUGUUUCUAUAUUCCUUUGUUUCUGUUCUGCUUUUGGAAAUCAUCAGUGUAAUGCAUUGUUAUCCUCAAAUAAAGUGUCAAGUAUUGAGAGAAUCAAUCUCAUGUAUGAUUGAUUGACUCUAAAAGAGUAGAUUGUAUAUUUGUAUGUAGGAUAUUCUAAUGUAAUUUGUUUAUUUUCAUAUAUUGUUUAUCCUAAAGCCUAUAUAAAGAGACCCUUCUUUC